AUGACUAAAAGACUAAAAAUACAUAAAUCAAAUGAUGAAUUUUUAUCCAUUCUUCGUGAACCCAAACCUAAUUUGGCGCCACGCUCUAUAAAAUCAGUAGAAGAUGCGAUUGAUAGAACCCCAGAAUAUACAGCCUUCAUAAAAAGUCUUGAAGAGUUCCAUAAAGAUCACGGAACUACUUUUCAAAAAGAACCUGUUUUAGGAUCAAAGAAAUUAGAUCUGUAUAAAAUUUAUCAAAUGGUGAUUGCUGAGGGGGGUUGUGAAAGAAUAUGCGCAGAGAAAUCAUGGAAAAAAAUAUGCGAACCUUUUAAUUUUCCACAAACUUGCACAAAUAGUGCUUUUGUGAUGAAAAAUAUUUAUAUAAGAUUCUUGGAACCAUAUGAAUUAGAACAUUUUUGGGGUAAAAAAGUUCCUUAUGCUCCUGUUCCAUCAAAUCGAGCUUUAAAGAUUGUACCAUAUGAAAUUCCAAGAAAUGAAUGUAAGAUAAUUGACAACACCAUUUUGUAUAUUUUAUUUUUAUUUUUAUUUUUGUGA